UCAUCAUUCAUCACCUCCACAUCCCAACAAAACCUGUUCCAUUUUUGUUUCCUCUUCCUCAGAUAGAUAACGAUUCUAGAACUCACAGCUUUUAAGGGACAAAGCUUGACAUCUGGGUAUUGAUUGAUUAAAACUCUGAUCAGUUUGCUAAUGGGGUCAGAGUCUCCGCAAAGAGUAGUUUGUUGCUUUUGUUUCUCCACCAACAAGAACGAUGGAAAGAAGAGUAGGAGAUACGAGGUUUCAGGAUCAAACAUAGACGACAAAAGGUGGGAAAAGAACGAUGAGAUUUUAUCAGACUUGAGCACCUUUUCGGUUAAGGAACAAGAAAGGAAGCUGAAGAAGGCAUUGGAGGAGGAGGAGAAGAUUAGUAGGGAAGCCGACAGGGUUGUCAAAUGGGUGAAGCAAGAAUCAGCAAGAAUGGAUGCUUCUGUAAUCAAAACUGUGCUUAGUAAUCAUGAUGAAGAAACAACCAAGUAAUGGUUUUACACUUAUACUGUACUGUAAAAUUCCCUUUUUUGUUUCUUCCUUGAAGUUUGAAUUUUUGAUGCAUGUGGUUGUAUAUGGAAUUGGCAGCAGAAUUGGAAUUUGUAAAUCCAUUUCUCUUGUUUAUUUUCUAUCCAUAUGAAUAUUCAAUAUGAAAUUGUCCAUAUGAUGAAAAACAAAGUUUAGUUCGAAUGUAAAAUAAAGUCCAAUUCACUAGUAGUCCAAGUCUUCUCUCCCUCUCAAAUUAACCUUUGCAAUAACAAA